ACCUGCAGAUCCUGGGCCCUGGCACGUGGGCAGUGAGGGCUUGGGGUGGAGAGCCACACAGGGAGGACCCAGCAGGUGUGGGCCAGGCACAGCGCCAGCUUCCAGAAGCCCCUAUGGAAGGAAAGCCAGCACCUGACAGCCAACAGGCAGGGGGUUUGGGGAUCACUUAAAGGGGACAAGCAGAAGGUGCUAUCUGAGCCUCAGGACAAGGAGUCAGCUGGGAGACAAGUUGGUGCAGAAGGUUAGCGGCAGAGCAUGGGCCAGGCCCACUCGGUAUUGGUAGGGGAGGCCCAGGCAGGGGGCUCUCUCCGGGACAGUGUGGGCAGAGGGUGGGGGAGCAAGGCAGUGUGUCCCGGUGAUUGACUGCCAGCCCUGGACCCUCCUGAACCCCUCAGGGGCUUUGGACAUGCAGAUGGGACCCUGGGAAGUCCCCAUCCCCACACCUGAAAGAGGAACCAUAAUUUCAGCAACUCCAGCCUCAACCUCCUCUACCCAGGGCUGAGGGGAGGGUCACGUGGCCUGAAGGACGUGAAUGUGCGGUCCCAUCAAGGUUACAGAGCAACCCUGCACCCUGGCACCUGUGGGGCACCACCCGCCCGCCUGCACCAGUGUGCGGCACCACCCCCACCGGGGUAGGAAUCCAGCCCCCAAGCCAGGGCUGGUCUGUCCUCCCCCACCCUCCAUCCAAAACAAGAAAUGUUUCCAGGGCGCCUCUGGGGGCUUGGCAUUUCUAACUGAGGCGACAGUCUCACAACCUGGAUUUACGCCCCCUUAGUACAUCCACAAUGCUGUGUGACGGCGGCCCUGCCUCCUUCCAGAACAUUUCAUCCCCCAAUUGGAAACCUGUUCCCACUAGGCAGUCCCAGCCCACCCUACCCACUGGGCCCCCUCCCACCUGUCUAGGGCCCUGGGCAGCAGCUGCCUGGCCACCUGGUGCGGGCAGGUGAGGGCACCUGGCGGUCAGCAGCCUCCUGGGAGUCAGCUGCCACGGAGCAAACAGCCGGGAGGGAUAGAGUGUCACCAGCGGCAGGGCACAGGGCUUGGCUCCUCCCCCUCCCCUGGGCCCGCCCCGCAGCCUGAGCUCAGGUGGGCCUCCAGGGAGGGGAGCUGGUGCUGGCCCUCCCCAGGCAGGGACGGCCUCCAGAUAGUGGCCUUGUCUCACCCUCAGUGGGGCUGCCAGUGAGGGCCACGUGGCUGCACAGAGACCAGCCAGGCUUCCUGGGCUGCUGGGUCUCCCAGUGCCAGGCCAGGAGCUUCCUGCCUGAGAGAUGACUAAUGCCUCAGGGCUCCUGGGAACAGCCAGCGCCCUGCUGGUAUCAGCAACCUGGCCUCAGCCUAGCCCCCCACCAGCCAUGACCCCUGGGCCACAGAUGGACCACGUGGGGAACGGCUCUCAGGGCACCUCCCGGCUCUUCCUCACCACCACGCUGGCACGCAGCAUCUCAGGCAUCUUUGUGUGGACUGCCCUGGUGCUCACCUGCCACCAGAUCUACCUGCACCUGCGCUCCUACACCGUCCCCAGUGAGCAACGUUACAUCAUCCGCCUGCUCUUCAUUGUGCCCAUCUAUGCCUUCGACUCCUGGCUCAGCCUCCUGCUCCUCGGGGGCCACCAGCACUACGUCUACUUUGACUCUGUGCGGGACUGCUAUGAAGCCUUUGUCAUUUACAGCUUCCUGAGCCUCUGUUUCCAGUACCUGGGGGGUGAGAGUGCCAUCAUGGCUGAAAUCCGGGGAAAGCCCAUACAGUCCAGCUGCUUCUACAGCACCUGCUGCCUGCGAGGCAGGUCCUACUCCAUCGGCUUCCUACGCUUCUGCAAGCAGGCCACACUGCAGUUCUGCGUUGUGAAGCCCGCCAUGGCCUUGGUCACCAUCAUCCUGCAGGCAUUUGGCAAAUACCACGAUGGGGACUUCAACAUCCACAGCGGCUACCUGUACGUCACCCUCAUCUACAACAUCUCAGUCAGCCUGGCCCUCUAUGCCCUGUUCCUUUUCUACUUUGCCACCAGGGAGCUCCUGCAGCCCUUUGAGCCCAUCCUCAAGUUCCUCACCAUCAAGGCCAUCAUCUUCCUCUCCUUCUGGCAGGGGAUGCUGAUGGCCAUCCUGGAGAGGUGUGGGGUCAUCCCCGAGGUCCAGGUCAUCGAUGGAAGCAAGGUGGGAGCUGGCACACUGGCCGCUGGCUACCAGAACUUCAUCGUCUGCAUUGAGAUGCUCUUUGCCUCCAUUGCCCUGCGCUAUGCCUUCACCUGCCAGGUGUACUCAGAGAAGAAAGAGAACUCCCCAGCCCCCACAGGCCCCAUGCACAGCAUCUCCAGCGGCCUCAAGGAAACCAUGAGCCCCCAGGACAUUGUGCAGGAUGCCAUCCACAACUUCUCACCUGCCUACCAGCACUACACGCAGCAGGCCACACACGAGGCCCCCGUGCCCAGCCCCAACGCCAGCGUGGCCAGCACCUCUGGUAGGGGCAGGAAGAGCCGCCACCUGGAGAAAAGGAUGCUGAUUCCUGGGGAGGAGCCGUAGGAGGGCGAGGUUGCCUCUCCUGGCUGGGCCCAGGCUGUCCAGGCCUCUGGGAGAGGACAGGGCCCUCACCCACCAGUGCUCUUGCCAAAGGCCAAACCUCUCCUGGGAGCCCUCCUGGCAAGCCCAGGGAGCCCACUUCCAUCCUGCCUCUGGCCAGUGGGUCUGGAGCCCCAGGAGGGGGCAGUGGGCUUGUCUGACAAGCCCUGAGACCAGGGCUCAUCUGGCCAUCAGCUCAGGUGGCCACCAUGGGGCAGGGAGCCAGUGUAGCCUCCUGGGUGGACAGAUCCCAAGCUGGGCAGCCGCAGGGGAAGACGCCAGGGAAGAGCCAGGCAGCCGGCCCUGGGAGGAUGGGAACUGUGGGCAUCCGGGCCUGUGAGGUCUACGCAGGGGUCGGGGUGGGGCCUCGCUGUGGCCUCUUGGGUCUGUGGGAGAUGGGCCAAUGCUGCUCUACAUCCCCUCCAGCAGUGGAGAGCCCUAGCAAGCUGCCUACCCCGGGGAGAAUGUGCCCAGGGCCCCCUGCAUGGAGACUUUGCCGUACGGAACUCCUGGCAAAUUGGGUUUAUUUGUCCAUGAACACCUGGGUUUUCUGGCGACUCAUGCCAAGUUGGGGUGUUGUUGGGGGAGGGUCCCGCUGAUGCUCAGAGCAGGGCAAGGAGAGCUCACACUGGAGCCCACGUACCGAGACCUGGAAGUCUUUGCUCUAGAAAACACCUGUGCAUGGAGCCUGCCACCCCCUCCCCGCCCACAUGCCAGGUCAGUGCCCAAAGAGCUUUGAGAGCCGAACCUGGGAUGUGGGCCCUGCCCUGCGGAAGCUUCGAAGGGCCCAAGCUGCUAGGGGAGAGGGAGGCCUCUGCAAGGCAGCUUCUGGGGCAGGAGGGCUGGCCAGGGACCUGGAAGCCCAAGGGCCCAUAGAUGUGAGCGCCAGGGCCAGGGAGGUCCGGUGGGCUCCACCCAGCGGCAUGAGAUGGAAAGGUGCUGAUGCUCUGGGAGACUCAGCAGGGCGGGAACUGACCCGCCGGUCCAGGCCGGAGCAUGGUCGCCCUCUGCCUCCUUGCUUCCUGGGCCUGGGGACCUGGACCCGAGGCCGGAAGCCUCUCCCAGGGCCCAGCCAGGCUGCCUGAUGAGAUGGGCCACCGCCUGCAUGUCCCCACCCACCCACCUUGUCAUGCCCCCUGCAACAGGCAGGCCCACAGCUGGCCCAGCUCCGACCCCUGCACAAUCCCAUCAGCAGGUUUGGAGAGGGCACAACGCUCCCCAGAGGCCUGCCAGCCAAGCAGGGAGGUUUUCUGGGGCUGCAGGAGAGAUGCCGGGCUCCUCUGUGGGCAAAGGCAGGCAGGGCUGCUCUGAGGCCUCAUCAGACAGGCCACCCUGUGGGCCUGACUUGCCCAAAGCUGAGUGCACAGAGGGUAAGUGGGCCAGAGCCCCCUUCUGGAGACCCAGACACAGCGUGGGCUCCGGCUGCAGGGGUGUCCCAGGCCUGGCCUGUGCAUGGAGACAGCCUGAUCAGGCCUGGCAUUUGGGAGGUAGGGAGACAGCAUUCACGGAGCACGCGCUGCAUGCCAAGGGCGAGGCCAGACACCCCACAUACUCAGUCCUCACAAAAGCCCGAGGAAGGUGGCCCGAGGUCACAGAACCAGCAAGGGGUGGCCAGCCCACCCACCUACCCACUUAGUCACAGACAUCUCAACCUGAGGACUUGGCAGGCUUUUCUUCCUGACAUAGAAGCCCUGGAAUGAAAUGCAGUCGCCUCUGACGGGGCAGGUGGAGGUGCUGGCCCUGCCCACUGGCCCACCCUCCCCAGGGGACAAGGACAAGGGUUUGGAGGGGCACCUGGCCACCCCUGAGAAAGUGGGCAGGUCCCAAGCCAGGGGGUAUCUGACUGGUCUUGGCCUCAGUGUUCUUACCUGUGAAGUGGCCCCCAGGAUGCACACCCGAGGGAAGCAGCCUAGAUGGCAGGCCAGCGGCCAGGGCGGCAGAGCCUUUACUGACUUGCCAGGAGCCCAUUGGGGUCACACCCCCCUCACUGCCAGCUCUGGGGGCCUUCCCAGGGCAGCUGUGAGAAACAUCCAUGGUUGCCACUGCCAAGUGUGGGGCUCAGUGACCACACAGUGCUGGGCUCAUGCAUGCUCAGACUUUGAGGGAAGGGGCUUGAGGGAAGGAACUGGCCUGUGGUCACCCAGAAGUUAGGGGCUGCUGCAGUAAGCUCGGCCAGAGGGCAGAAGGGCUUCGGGUUUCAGAAACCCUCGGCAUCAGGUGUCACCUGCAGCUCGACCCUGCUUCAGAGGCCAAGGCCAGGGCUGCCCCAGCUGCCCCCCAGAGAUGGUGGUACAGGGCUGCUCAUCACAGAAGGCCCAACAAGGCGGCAGCACCAAGGACAGGGCCCUGCCAGGUGCUCACUUGCGGCCACUGUGCAGGGUGUGGCUCUUCCCCCAGGGCAGACCCUGUCCCUCAAGCCCUACAAGCUCCAGCCCAAGGAAGGGGGCAAGGCCUGGCCCACCACAGGAGCACACCGCCCAGCAGAGGGGCCCCUCCCGGCCAGAGGGCCUGGCAGCUGCAGGUCAGAAUAGGCACUCAUUCUGCCCAGCACACAGAAAGCAAGCCCUCCCAAACGUGGACCCAGGGCCUACUCAGGCCGCUCUCCCGGUGAGGGCUCUGGGGCCUGGGCCCAAAGCACCAAGUAGGCAAUGAGGUGGGUCUGCAGCCAGAAAGUCUUUAUUGCAAAGGUACAAAAGGUCACAGCAGAGAUGUACAGCAAUAAAUUAGGUGGUGGCCAUGAGGGUUGCAGGUGCUCGCCAUGUGAGCAAGGGCCCCGGCAGAGCGUCUCUCCUCAAUAACUUACGUCACGACAAAAGCAGCACAAAAAUAAAUAUGGAAAUUAAACCACGGAGCUGCCAGAGGCGAGGGGCGCAGGCUAUGCUCACACAGGGCCCUCCGGGGAGGCAGAGGUGGCAUGUGGCAGGACAAACCCACGCCCCAGGCCCCUGCCUUUUCUUAAAUAAAAACCCAUAUAUUAAAUCGUGA